AUGUCGAGUCUCCGAAGCUCCAAAGUGCUCAAACAGGGCUGGUCUUUUCGCCAGGCUGAUGGCCCGGCCAACUGGCUGUCGGUGGAUUCAGUCCCGACCGUCGCUCAUUUGGACUUGAUAAAGCACAAUGUUAUUCCCGACCCUUACAUUGACAUGAACGAGCUCGAUGUCGAAUGGGUAGGGGAGAAGACCUGGCACUACCGUGUUGAUCUCCCCGAGAUACCAGUCUCGGCGAAAGAGAAGGGAUCCAAGGUCGUCCUGGUGUUUGAGGGUCUCGAUACAUUUGCUCAUGUGCGCCUCAAUGGAAAGACGAUACUACUUACGGAUAACAUGUUCAUCUCUCAUCGGGUCGAUAUCACGGACCUGGUCAGCGACAACAACCAGCUUGAAAUUGCCUUCGAGCCAGCACUUCUCAAGGCUCGUGAGAUCAGAGCCCAGCACCCAGAGCAUAAAUGGGUUGGGUUCAAUGCUGAUCUCUCUCGAUUGGCGGUUCGCAAAGCCCAGUAUCACUGGGGCUGGGACUGGGGCCCAGUUCUCAUGACUGCAGGUCCUUGGAGACCCGUUCACUUGGAGAUGUACACUGCGCGCGUAAAGGAGGUUCGUGUGGACUACCAUGUGGCUGAUGGCUUCAAGUCUGCUCAAGGAACCAUCUCCGUGGAUACUGAAGGUUCUGCCGGUGACAAUGUCACGGUUAACUUGAAGCUGGCUGGGCAGUCUGUCUUCGAAGAAACUCUCACAAUCACUGAUGGGAAAGCAGUGGCUAGCUUUACUAUCCCUGACGUGUCCCUUUGGUAUCCAUCUGGCUAUGGGGCGCAAACUAUCUACACGAUCAAUACGACAGUCAAGGCCGCGGGCCAUGAGCUCGAUCAUCACACCCAGUCGAUCGGCUUUAGACGAGUUGAACUGGUCCAAGAAAAGGAUGAUAUCGGCCGUUCUUUCUACUUUCGCAUCAAUGGUGCAGAUGUCUUCUGUGGAGGGUCCGACUGGAUCCCUGCUGACAGCUUUCUCCCCGCGAUUUCUGAGGAGCGCUACCGCCGCUGGCUGAAACUUAUGGUUGAUGGAAACCAAGUUAUGGUUAGAGUGUGGGGAGGAGGAAUCUACGAAGAUGAUACUUUUUACAAUGCAUGUGAUGAACUCGGCCUUCUUGUUUGGCAAGAUUUCAUGUUCGGAUGUGGCAACUAUCCUACUUUCCCGUCUUUCCUGGAUUCUGUUCAGAAGGAAGCAGUACAGAACGUGCGUCGUCUUAGGCACCACCCUUGCAUGGCCAUUUGGGCCGGCAACAACGAGGAUUAUCAGGUUCAGGAACAAGAAGGCCUUGAAUACAAUUUCGAUGAAAAACUUCCUGAGUGCUGGCUUCAAACCAACUUCCCCGCCCGUUACAUUUACGAGAAGCUUCUCCCCGAUGUAAUGAGCCAAGAAUGCCCAGACGUUCCGUAUCACCCUGGAAGCCCUUGGGGUGAUGGCAAGUUGACAUCUGACCCAACAGUUGGAGAUAUGCAUCAGUGGAAUGUCUGGCAUGGUACGCAGGAGAAACACCAGAUCUUUGAAACACUCGGUGGUCGUUUCAACAGUGAAUUCGGAAUGGAGGCUUUUCCGAAUAUUCAAACCAUCGAGGCGUUUGUCACCAAGAAAUCUCAUAUGUACCCACAGUCUCAUACACUAGAUUUCCACAACAAAGCGGAUGGUCAUGAGCGACGUAUUGCAACGUACAUGGUGGAGAACUUCCGCGUCGCGACUGAACUGGAGAAAUACAUCCACCUGACUCAACUCGUGCAGGCAGACGCCCUGAUGUAUGCCUAUCGUGGAUGGCGUCGCCAGUGGGGCCAGAAAAGGCAAUGUGGUGGUGCCCUGGUUUGGCAGAUAAAUGACUGCUGGCCUGGAACAUCGUGGGCCGUUGUCGACUAUUUUCUUCGAAAAAAAGCGGCGUACUACGCUCUGGCCCGCGUUCUAGCGCCGAUAGCAAUCGGAGUGCAGCGAGAACAUCACGAUUGGAGUGUGGCCCAUGCCCGACCAGCGAAGGCUAGCCAUUUUCAUUUGUGGGCUGUUAAUAGCAAAAUGGAGCCUAAAAAUGCUACCGUAUGUCUCCGCUUCGUCUCAAUUGAGACGGGAAGCGAUAUCAAGCCUGCUAUCACGAAGGAGGUCUCGCUAGUUCCCAACGGAACAACCGAUGUCCUAGAUGGAGUGAUUGACAACAUGGCUGAAGAGCCUCAUGUGUUAGCUGCAAAUCUCUCAGUCGACGGGGACAUUAUCUGCCGCGAUGUAGAUUGGCCACAACCCUACAAAUAUCUAUCAUUCACAGGACGUGAGGUGGAAGUGCGUCAGCCCUGCCAUGGAGAGGUAGGUGUGAUCCAAGUGAGUGCCAAGCGGCCGGUAAAAGGACUUAUGUUUGAAGAGCGAGAUGGAGUCACCAUUAGUGACAAUGCUAUUGACCUAAUUCCUGGCGACGAACAGGUUUUGAAGGUUAUUGGCUUGUCAGGAACCAGUCCUGCAUUGAAGUAUCAGUAUCUAGAUCAAUAA